AUGGCGGCGAGCUGCAGGGUGUGCGAAAAGAAGUGCGAGCAGUGGUGGGAGCUGUUCCAGUCCCCUGUCCACCAGGAGGUUCCCUGUGAGGCCGGGCGGUACGGCUGCAGUCCCUGGGAGCUGCGCAUGGGCGGCAGCAGGAAGUCAUGUUCUCACACGCAGCUGCACCGCAGACUCUAG